CAGUUAGCAGCACCAGUUGAAUUUCUGUCUUGUGGGUUUCCAGCAGAGUGACAGUAUGGCUGCAGCUUCUGAUGAUCUGCAACCACUGAAGCGCAACAGUAGCUAUGAAUGGCUGCCACCUCGCAGUAAGUCAAACUGACCUUAGUCAGAAAUAUUCUGGUGUUUAAUGAGAUCUGAUGGUCCAAAAUGUCUGGUUUAAUGAAAUAUACAAGAUUAAUGGCUGACAGAGUUUCUCCAAAUCUGCCUUUAAACUGCUGUGAUUCUCUCUGGUUGAUAAUUUGAGCUGCUGAUUUUGGAUUAAAUCUGCACACAGUUGCCUUGAAUAAUUCAUAGUUUUUUUCUUCUCAGUGUCUGAGCUGAGGGUUGUUCUGCUGGGGAACAGCUGGUCUGAGAGGAGUUCAGUGGGGAAUUUCAUACUGGGAAAGACUGAGUUCAACACUGAGGAAGAACCAAACUGCUGUCUGAGAGUCAGAGGACAGUUGAAAGAGAAAGAAAUAGUUCUCAUCAACACCCCAGAUCUGCUGCUUCCAAACAUCUCUGAAGACAAACUAAGAAAACAUGUAGAAAACUGUGUGAGUCUCUCUGAUCCUGGACCUCAUGUGUUCCUGCUGGUUCUACAACCUGAAGACUUCACUGAGGAACACAAACUGAGACUCUGCAGAGUUCUUCAACUCUUUAGUGAUCAAUCAUUUGAUCAUUCACUGAUAUUGAUAUCACCAACCAGAGAGGAGAGUUCAGGUUUCAUAGAAAACUACAAGAACCAUCCUCACUUAAACAAGAUGAUCAAAAUGUGCAGAUACAGAUACUUGAAGCAGAAGGACCUUGAACUUCCAGAGCUGUUAACGCGUUUGGGUCAAACUGCACAAGAGAACAAUGGAGAACAUCUGAGCUGUAAUGUAUUUGAUGAUCAGGAUGCUGGUUUAAACAUGGGACCAAAGUCUGAACACAUGAAACCAGUUUUAAAGCUGGUUCUGUGUGGGAGGAGAAGAGCAGGCAAGACUUCAGCAGUCAAGGCCAUUUUAGGUCAGACAGAGCUUCAUUCAGACUCCAACUCAUCAGAGUGUGUUAAACAUCAGGGAGAGGUGUGUGGACGUUGGGUGUCCCUGGUGGAGCUGCCUGCCUUGUAUGGAAAACCUCAGGAGGCAAUGAUGGAGGAAUCAUUCAGGUGUAUCUCCCUCUGUGAUCCUGAGGGUGUCCAUGCCUUCAUCCUGGUCCUACCUGUGGAUCCCCUCACUGAUGAAGACAAGGGAGAGUUAAAGACCAUCCAGAACACAUUCAGCUCUCCAGUCAAUGACUUCACCAUGAUUCUGUUCACUGUGGAGUCAGAUCCUACAGCUCCAGCUGUUGAUGACUUUGUAAGAAAGAACAGAGACAUCCAGGAGAUCAUUCAGAGCUGUGGAGGAAGACAUGUUGUUCUCAACAUCAAGGACAAGCAGCAGAUCUCUGAGAUGUUGGAUACUGUGGAGAAGAUGAGACAAUCUAAAAAUAAACCACGUUUCUAUACAUCACAUAUGUUUGCACAUGCUCAGAUGGAUAAAGUCAUACAACAAGAAAAACACAUCAACAUACAACAAGCUGAACUUGAGAGGCUGAAAAACAAGAACAAGAUCACUUGUGAUGAUGAGAAUCGGAGCUCAGAGAGUCUCAGGAUUGUGCUGAUAGGGAAGACUGGCUGUGGAAAGAGCUCUUCAGGAAACAUCAUUCUGGGAAGACAAAAGUUUAAAACUGAAAUAAGCCAAACAUCAGUCACCAAACUUUGUCAGAAAGCACAGAGUGAAGUAGACGGUCGUCCUGUCGUUGUGGUCGACACUCCUGGUCUGUUUGACACAAACUUGUCCCAUGAACAAGUUAAUGAGGAGAUGGUGAAAUGCAUCAGUCUUCUGGCUCCAGGACCACAUGUCUUCCUGUUGGUGGUACAGAUUGGCAGAUUAACACAAGAAGAGAAGGAGACAUUAAAACUCAUCAAGGAAGGUUUUGGGAAGAAUUCAGAAAAAUUCACCAUCAUUCUUUUCACAAGAGGAGAUUUACUGGAACGUGAGAGCCUGUCCAUUGAGGAUUACAUUAAGAAGAAAUGUGAUGAUUCAUUUAAGAAGCUGAUUGAUGACUGUGGAGGAAGAUACCAUGUGUUUAAUAACUUUGAUAAAAAAAACCGCACACAAGUCAGUGAACUGAUAAACAAGAUUGACUCCAUGGUGAAGAAAAAUGGCGGCAGCUGCUUCACCAAUGAGAUGCUGCAAGAGGCCGAGGCAGCAAUAAAGAAGGAAGUGGAGAAGAUCCUGAAGGAGAAGGAAGAAAAGAUGAAGAGAGAGAGAGAGGAACUUGGAAGAAAACAUGAAGAAGAAAUGAAGGCAAUGAAAAGACGAAUAGAAAAACAGAGAGAAGAAAUUGAAAAGGAGAGAAAACUGAGAGACAAACAACUUCAGGAGAAGGAGGAAAAGAUUCAGAAAGAACGUGAAGAGAGAAAGAGAGAACAGGAAAAGAGAGACGAAGAAGACAAAAAGAGGAAAAACCAGGAAGACAUUCAAAGACAGGAGUGGGAACAAAAACUUGCAGCUUUGGAGAAAAAGAUAAAGUUAGAAUCAGAAGAAAAACAAAACAUUGAUAAACAGCUGAUGCAGAACAGAGAAGAGAUGAGAAAACAACGAGAGGCCUGGGAGAAGAAACAAAAAGAAAUGUGGGAGAAACGAAAUCAAGAAGAUGAAGAGAGACGACAGGAAGAACAGAGAAGAUUAAAAAAGCUCCAAGAAGAAUAUGAGGAAGAAAGAGAAAAAUAUGAAAAGAAAAGAAAAGAAGAAGAUCAAACCAGAAAAGAACAAGAGGAGAAAGAGAGAAAAGAAUUAGCGGAGAACUACAAGAAAAAACUGGAUGAAACGAAGAUGAAAUAUGAAGAGGAGGCCAGAAAACAAGCUGAAGAGUUCAAUGAAUUCAAAGAGAAACACAUCAAGGAAUUUGAAGCUCAGAAGCAAGAACAUGAGAAACAACUGAAAGACAAAGAUCAGCAGUAUGACCUGUUAAAGGCACUAAAAUUCAACAAAGAAAAAGAAAUGAGGAAAAAACAUCGAGCAGAAAUCAAUGACUUUGUGAAAUCUGUGACAGAAAAGAGAGAAAAUCUGAACAAAGUCAAAGACUUACUGACAACACAUGAAAACCAAAUGAAGACUGUGACAGAUGAGAAAAGAGAAAACCUGCUAAAAAUCCAAGAAGAAGAAAUAAGCAACCUGAUGCAGGAACUUUUGGAGGAGAAAUCUUCCUGUUGCAUUUCAUGAGAUGAUUUGUUUUAUGUAAAUGUCACAAAAACAACACAGUUACAGAUUUACUUACUGUGUUACAUCUAGUUGUAAUAGUUCAUUAACGUGUGUUUAUUCCAUCAGCAUGGAUGUAUACAUGAUGUGUCAGGUGUGUGUAUAUAUAUGUAAAUAGAUGUGUGGGGGAACAAGGAGGUGAUUGGUGCACCAGGUCAGUCCAGUUAAUCACUGUUUGUUCGGCUCUUAAAAGAAAAUGAGAUCCUAAAACCACUAAAGCUCCUGCAGGUUUAGGUUUGAUAAAAACUGUGUCUCUGCUUGAAAUGUUCUCAGAACCUGAUCC